UGAUUGGUGCCGCCCCUGCCAUGGGCGGGCAGGUACGAGCAGGUACAGGGAGCUAUGAACAGCGAAGUAGGAGAGUUAGUCCAGGGUAUCCCCCGCCAGCAGCGCGAUGCCUCGUUUCACGGUGCACGUCAGGGACGAGUGGCUGACCGUGCCCUGCAAGGACGUGUCCAACACGGUGCAGUGGCUGGGCGUCGAGGCGCUCCGACGGUACACGAAGAACAAGCCCGACAAUGGGGGCAUCAGCUCGGUGAAAGAUGUGCGUUUCUAUGUGAGGCGAUGUCAGGGACACGGGCUGCUGGACGCGGACGAUGUGAUCGAAGACGUUUUGGAAGACAACGAUUUCGUUGAAAUCGUUAUAGAGGGAGAUGUGAUGUCUACAGAUUCUAUCCCAUCUCAUCCUGGAGCUUUUCCGUUUCCUACUUAUCAAAAACCCCAUGAAUUUAUUCAUCUGGAUGGCAACAGUCUUACAACAUCAGAUCUGGUAAAGUUAGGGAAAGGAAUUUACCAGAUUAAGCUAACCCCAGAGGCAGAACACAAAGUCAGACAAUCAAGACAACUUGUGGAAAAGGUUGUUGAUGAAAAUAAAGUUGUUUAUGGAAUCAAUACAGGAUUUGGAAAGGUUGCUCGAACACUCAUACCAAAAAGUAAACUCAAGGAACUGCAGGAGAACUUGAUUCGGGCAGAUUCAACUGGUGUUGGGAUGCCCCUGAGCCCCGAGCACUCCCGAAUGCUGCUGGCACUGAGGAUCAAUGUCUUGGCCAAAGGAUACAGUGGCAUCUCCCUUGAAACCCUGCAACACAUGAUAGCGGCUUUCAAUUCCUCCUGCCUGUCUUAUGUCCCAGAGAAGGGGACGGUCGGGGCCAGCGGAGACCUCGCGCCCCUGGCUCACCUGGCCCUGGGGCUCAUGGGAGAGGGCAAGAUGUGGUCGCCGAAGAGUGGCUGGGCCGACGCCAAAUCCGUGUUGAAGGCCCAUGGACUGAGCCCCAUAUCUCUGAAGCCUAAAGAGGGGCUGGCCCUCAUCAAUGGGACCCAGAUGAUCACUUCUCUGGGUGCGGAGGCAGUGGAGAGGGCUCAGGCCAUCGCCAGGCAGGCUGACAUCAUCGCCGCGUUAACCCUGGAGGUGCUCAAGGGAACCACAAGGGCCUUUGACAGUGGUAUCCAUGAGCUGCGUCCUCACUCUGGACAGAAGGAAGUGGCCUUCAGGUUUCGAUCACUGCUGGACUCUGGUCAUCAUCCUUCGGAAAUAGCAGAAAGCCACAGGUUUUGUGACCGAGUUCAAGAUGCAUACACCCUGCGCUGCUGUCCUCAGGUCCACGGAGUAGUUAACGACACAAUUGUGUUUGUCAAGAACAUCAUCAACACAGAAAUCAACAGCGUCACAGACAACCCUAUGGUUUUUGCUGAGAGAGGAGAAACUAUUUCUGGUGGGAAUUUUCAUGGUGAAUACCCUGCUAAAGCUCUGGACUAUUUAGCCAUCGGUGUGCACGAGCUGGCCUCCAUCAGUGAGAGGAGGAUUGAGCGGCUGUGUAACCCGUCUCUGAGCGAGCUGCCCGCGUUCCUGGUCAGCGAAGGGGGCCUGAACUCCGGGUUCAUGAUAGCCCACUGCACUGCCGCUGCUCUGGUGUCAGAGAAUAAAGUUCUGUGUCACCCGUCCUCUGUGGACUCCCUGUCCACCUGUGCUGCCACUGAGGACCAUGUGUCAAUGGGUGGCUGGGCAGCCAGGAAGGCCCUCCGUGUGGUGGAGCAUGUGGAACAAGUUCUGUCCAUAGAGCUGCUCGCAGCCUGCCAGGGGAUCGAGUUUUUACGCCCCCUGAGAACUACCACUCCAUUGGAGAAAGUCUAUGACCUUGUUCGUGCAUCUGUCAAGCCUUUGGAUAAGGACCGCGUCAUGACACCAGACAUUGAGGCUGUUCACAAACUGCUUCUGCAAGAGAAAGUGUGGGAAGUUGCAAGCCCUUACAUGGAGGAGUACAGAAAGAGCCAAGCCCCACACGUCCCUGCUUUGUGAACAAAAAGUCGUUUCUUCAACUUCUCAGCAAGAAAGAAACAAUUAGAUUAAGAUGUUACAUACCUCUAUAAAACAAACUGCAGAAUGACAGGAACAAAAUGUGCUGACAAUUACGUUCUACUACACCGAGGAGAAUAAUCAUUCUACAACAAAUUUUUAAAGUUCAUAAUCCAAAAGAAUAAAUGGUAUUUAAUUUUUCUGGAUAAUUACAAUUUCAUUAAAUUCAAAAGGUUGCUUUUA